AUGGCGAUCACUGGAGUAGAACAAGAAAGCAAAGUGCUGGCUAACCCCACCGAGAAGGAUGUUGAAAGCUCGACACCCCAGUCCACCCCGGCGCCUUCCGAGUUGGAGCCGGUGGUGACAUUCAAGACUUGGAUCGUCGUUUGCUUCCUGUCCUUUGGAUAUGGCUUAUGUUUCUGGCCUGUACCUACGGUAGCGGCUGUCGGGACUCUUGUUUCGGCCGACUUCGGGCAGCCCAAUGCCUACGUCUGGUUUGUGCCGGCGUGGACGAUUUCGGUAACUGUCUCGUUCAUGAUCGGAGGAGCAAACACGGACAUCCUGGGCCGACGCUGGUUCCUCGUGGGCGGCAAUCUCCUCUGCGUCGUCGGUCAUCUGAUUGCGGGGGCUUCCAAGCAAACGGGAAACCCCAACAUGAUUACCGCCGGGAUGGCCCUCACUGGUUUCGGUGGUGGAUUCUGUCAGAUGGCGGCAUUCGCACUUCCGGAGCUUCUUCCCAACAAGUGGAGACAUAUCGGAAUCAUUAUCGCCGAUGGCACUGUCUACUUCACUAUUCUCAUUGCGCCGAUUACUGCAAGGUACAGCUACGAAUUCAACAACUGGGAAUGGAACCUGUAUGCACCGGGCAUCUUCCAGUUCAUCUCUUUCCUCGGACUGCUGUUCCUGUACUUCCCGCCUGCGCAUCCAGCUGGGCUUCCUUUAAUGCAAGCUCUGAAAAAGAUUGACUACCUUGGUAUCUUCUUCUUCACUGCCGGCUGCGUGCCAGUCCUGAUCGGCAUCGUGUGGGCCGGCAUCUACGCCUCCUCGUCCGCGUACGUCGUCGCAUCACUGGUCGUCGGCUUUGCCUUCCUCAUCGCCUUCGGGCUGUGGGAGACAUACGGCGGGACGCCGCACCCGCUGGCGCCGACGCGCAUCUUCGCUUCGUCCUGGGGCCGUGACUUCACGGCGCCGGCACUAGCCCUAUCCAUCACCAACAUGUUCUACUAUUCGAGCAGCAUCCUGUGGCCGACCAUGACGACCGUCUUCUACACCAACGGCGGCGCCGACUGGGUGUACGCGACCGUGCUGACGCUGCCGCAGGGCGUCGCCAUCUGCUCCGGCGCGUUGGGGCUGUUCUUGUUCGGCAGCAAGAUCCGCCACUGGCGGUGGCAGCUGAUCGUGUCGACUUUCAUCGUCGUGCUCUUCGGCGCCUUGCUCGGCCUGGCCACGCCGUACAACAUGGGCACCAUGGUCGCCUUCUUGUUCAUCUCCCAGACCGCCUUCGCCUGGUCCGUCCCCCUGAGCAUCAUGCUCUCGCAGCUGGGCGUGCAGCACAAGGACCUUGGCAUCAGCGGUGGUAUCUCUGGUUCGCUUCGGUUUGCUGGCAGUGCGGUCGCAACGACGGUGUAUCAGACCAUCUUCAAUAACGAGGUCACCAAGUGGACGCCCAAGCUCGUCGUUCCCGCCGCGCUCAAGGCCGGCCUUGAUCAAUCACAGACCACAGAGCUGCUCUCCGCCCUCGGGACGUCAAAGCUCGCGACCUCCUUUUCCCCUGCCGUGGUAGCGGCGGCAUCGGAGGCGCUCAAGCAAGCCUACUGCAAGGGCAUUUUCCUGGUUGCCAUGUCGUCCAUGGGGUUCGGCAUUGUUGCGAUUAUUGCCUGCUUGCUGUGCAAGGAUGUUGAGUCCAAGAUGACGAACACGAUUGACGUGUACCUUGAGAAUGAUGAAUAUGCCCACAGAAACAAAGUGCAUUAA